AUGAUUCAAAGAGUGAUUUCAAAUGUUUCUACAACAACCUUGGAUCCAAAUACAUAUUUAAAUAUAAAUUCCUAUAAAUAUAUUAUAAAUGAACCUGAUAAAUGUAAGGAUCAAAACCCAUUCUUGAUAAUCCUUAUAGCAACUAUAGCAAAGGAAGUGGAACAAAGACAGGUUAUCAGGAAAACUUGGGCAAAUGGGGCUAAGGAUGGGAUAACCGUUAUGCAUCUGUUUAUGUUGGGUUUUGACAAAGAUUUAAAGCUGAUUUUAAAUGAAAGUCAGACAUACCAUGAUAUUAUCCAAAAAGACUUUAAGGAGGCGUAUAACAACUUGACUUUAAAAACUAUUAUGGGAAUGGAAUGGAUCUCCACCUAUUGUCCUCAAUCAAAGUAUGUCAUGAAAACUGACAGUGACAUGUUUGUGAUCACUGAAUAUCUACUGGAAAUGCUUCAACCAAACCUACCUCCGAAACAAAAUUUCUUCACUGGUGCUUUUUUCAAAGAUCCUGUUCCUCAUAGAUCGAAAGAAAGCAAAUGGUAUGUUCCAUAUUCUGUUUAUGCAGAGAGCCGUUAUCCAGACUUUUGCUCAGGAACUGGAUAUGUGCUUUCAGGAGAUUUGGCUACCAAAAUCUUGAGAUCAUCCUUUAAAAUAAAAUACCUGCACCUGGAAGAUGUGUUUGUUGGAAUUUGCCUUAAAAAAGAGGAGGUAGAGAUAACUGUGCCACCUACAGAAAAUUUGUUUAAUAUUUACCAAGUUCAAUUUACCCCUUGUGGUUAUUAUAACCUUAUUACAUCCCACAGUAUGCCUCCAAGUCUAAUACUUCAGUACUGGCAAAAUAUGCAAGCACAUAAAGGGCAAUGCUUGAGAAAUAAUGCUUCAAUAUUUUAGCUAAUGUAUCUUUACAUUCUGUGUAUGGGUGUAAUUAUUGACAAAUCUGGAAAUUACAGUGGAGCAAACACAUUAGAAAUAUGCCAAAACAUCUUUAGUCACAAACAUAAUAAUUUGCAAAUUAUAAUGAUAUCCAGAAUAAUGAUAAAUUUCUGUGGAUUUUAUUG